UCACAGCACACAUACAGAGAGAGAUGCAGAAGCUGCAGUUGUUCCUCGUCAUCCUCAGUCUCCUCGCUGCUUUCUGGCCGGCCGCCUCGCCCUUACCAGGUGGAGCUCCUCUGGGCAGCUGCCAGAGCAUGGCCCCCCGCCACAUAAAUACGAGCCCCCAGGAAGGACCAUCCCCCUACUCCGUUAUUGCUAAAAGUUACAACAACACAGUGGAAGUGAAAAUAAUGGGCCCACCCUACAAAGGGAUCCUACUGGAAGCACGGUAUUCCGGCGACACGGUUGCAGUUGGAACAUGGUCUACACCACCAAAUGACACGAAAACAAUACCGUGUUUCAGCAAGGCAAACAGCGCAAUUACUCAUUCAAACGUUAAUCCAAAAAACAACAUGACUACUUACACCUGGAUGGGACCGUGUUCAAAGAACAAUGCAGUUGUAUUUCUAGCAACUGUUGCCAGUAGCAAACAAGAGUAUUGGCUAAAACUGACCUCUGGAAAUGUCUAUUUAACUUGUUCUGGUUCUGUGAAAACCCUACAUGGAUAUUUUGUGCUUGCUGUGCUCAUGAUUUCAGGGCUGGCUGUGCUCUAAGCAGCGCCUCAUAGUUUGUAAAUUUCAUUUGGGUUUUUAUUGUUGUUGUUUAAAAUUGGAUUGCAUUCUGCAAACAAUUGCAUACUGAAGACCAAUUAAUCAAACCAGUUCUCAGGCAUCAAUGUUUGAACCCAUUUCUCCUGAGAGUUGAUGGCACAGAGUUUAUCAGCUCACUGACUUGUGGAUUUAUGGAUGCAGUAUAGUACUUUGAUGAGGUCUUAGUAAUUUGCAAGCAGAUGAAGUUAUUUUUUAAAAAAGGUAUUCUGCCGUAUUUUGACUCUGUUUUAAUGAAAUGCACAGGAGAAUGUUCUACUGCAAGAAACUAGCAAACAAAAUUAAACUUAUCACUCCGGUUUCAAUGAAAUGUUUAAGGAUUUGUUUACAUACGUCCUUUACUGUUAAUUGUGCAAUUUUUAAGAAAAUAAAUUAGGGACCUUUUUUAAUUGAAUAUGAUUGCCUUUAUGCCAAGAAGAAAAUAUUGUCUUCAACAUACUUGCUUGAACUUUUUUUUACAACUCUCGAAUUACAGAAUUUAUAGCAACUGUUGAAAUCAGCUCUCAGAUUUGCUCCGAUUUGAAACACCAGCAUUGAUCAGAAGGUCCAAUCCAGUAUUUUAAUUGGAGUUAAGUUAGUGUGUUCACUGGAAACUGCAAAUUGGGAUAAAAAUGUACAACUUUACACUUUUGCGGUUUUCAAGGGUUUAAAUCAGAGUGUUGGGGAAGGUGGAGAGAAAAGAAUGGGAACAAUCUAAAGCAAUAAGACCAUACAUAAUGAAACGAUUAGUGGAUAGAAACAUGUGGAUAUCAACUAAGAAAAUUAGAAUCUUUUACAGUUACUACAUUGAAUAUUUGACCAUACUUGACCUUCUUUGGAAUUGAAUAUUGUACAUUAUAGUCAUUGCUACUACUUUGGAAUAAAGGUUUUAUUAAAAAA